AUGCAUCUUCGACCCGGAACACCAGGUAACCUCGCGCAGCCUCGAUUGUCCCUCCUGAUUCGCUGGCGCCGUUUAAUCGGCUCCAAACGCUUGCUCAAUGUGUCCCCUCCCUGUUUUACCGCCUCCUGUCCAGUUACUACUAGUCGUCAUUGUUUUUGCCUCGCUCUUCGAUGGUGUAGUUGGUGUUUAAUCGUGGUCGCUGUUCGCGAUGUGCAACAGAACCUCAACCGAGUCAUGUCCGACGGUUGGUGGCCUGUCGAAGCACGAUCGUGCCAGUUUUCGGUAUUUGUGGUUGAUCGUUUUCACCUACGUCAUGAAAUGCCACUCAGGUGUCAACAAGGCCUUGGAGACGCGUGGCAAAUCGGUGUUUUCUUUGUUGAGUGGUUGUCACCGUCGUGUUGUGUGCUACUGGCUACCUCGCGCGCGAUCAACAUCGCAUUCGUGUUAGCUGUCGGUCGAAUCUGGUGGGUGGUAUCUUGGCGACAAGCUAACACCCACACCAAGCGCGGUGCGUUGAAUACGCAGCCAGACAAUCAAUUCGGUUGGGCCAUUAUUGGUGAAAUGCCGCGCGUCCGAUUGGUGGAAAUCCCCUCCACUCAAACUCACUCACGAUUGGCCAGAAUGGGAUGA